AUACAGGAAAAAUACGAGUACAUUGCUUGCAUUGGAAGCGGUGCUUACAGUGAAGUUUGGCACGCAAUCGACAAGUCGACAUGCCGUGUAGUCGCCAUAAAGGUGCUUAAGCAGGCUCACACUUGCAAGGCGGUCAUGCGGCUGGUGCAUCGCGAGGUUCGGAUGCUUCAAACGGCCAACCACCCCAAUCUUGUGAAGCUCCUCUCCGCGUUCCAGUCACGAAGUGGCCGGGUGCAUCUGGUUUUCGAGCGCAUGGAGACGAGCAUCAUGGACGAGGUGGAGGCCAAUCCCGAGGGCCUACCGUACGCCAUUCUUAAGGCGGCUGUAUGGCAGCUGCUGCGAGCCGUUGCACAUCUACACGAGCGAAAUAUUAUGCACAGGGACAUCAAGCCCGCAAACUUGCUGUUGGACGGUAAUGGCGUUGUCAAGCUGUGCGACUUCGGCUUCGCACGGCAUGUCGGUGGACGCGGUGAGCACACGCCGUACAUCGUGACUCGCUGGUAUCGCGCACCCGAAAUCCUGGCUGGAAGCGAAUACGGGCCCAGCUCCGAUGUUUGGAGUAUCGCCUGCACUAUUGCCGAGAUGGCCACCGGCACCCCCUUGUUCCCAGGU